AAUUGAAUAAUACGAAUGUAUCCGUGCGAAACCGAAGCGGAUCACUGGCAAAAAGCAUUCUUGUCUUGUCACCUCCGAAGAAACAAACAAAUAUGCAAUAAUUUUAUAUUACACAGUUCAAAUGACAGCAAACACAAUGUGUCAGAGUUAAACAAAGUUUUUUGUAAAGAAACGACUGGGUGCUAAUUAUAAAGACUUUAUAAAACACCUUCUAGGAACUACGCAGAACAAAGCAAAAAUAUACCGAAAGCGUUCGCUCUUUUAUCGAUAAAAAUGAAUUUGAAACUUUACAUAAUUAAUUUUGCGACGAUUUUUUUAAUAUCGCCUGUUAGUGUAUCAUCGAUGACGCGACAACAGCUAAAAAAUUCUGGAAAACUACUGAAGAAGACUUGCAUGCCAAAACACGACGUAACAGAAGAUCAAGUUGGUGGUAUAGAGCAAGGCAAGUUUCUAGAAAACAGGAAUGUCAUGUGUUACAUAGCCUGUGUGUACAGUAUGAGCCAAGCGCUAAGAAACAAUAAGAUUAUGUACGAUAAUAUGGUAAAGCAAGUAGACAUGAUGUUUCCUCCAGAAAUUAAAGAUGCUGUCAAGGAUUCUAUUGAAAAUUGUAGGCCAGUUGCCAAGAAAUACAAGGAUGUUUGUGAGGCAGCCUUUUGGACUGCCAAAUGCAUGUAUGACUACAAUCCGGCAAACUUUGUAUUCCCACAACAGUUAAGCAAUAUGGAUAGAAAGGAUCUGUGCUUGUUGAUUAUAGCGUUUAUAUUGGCAGAUGGCGUGGAUUCUAUGUCCAAGCAGCAAUUAAAAAAUUCUGGAAAAAUGUUCAAGAAACAAUGCAUGGGAAAAAAUAAAGUAACGGAAGAUGAAAUAGGCGAAAUAGAUAAAGGGAGAUUUGUAGAACAGCAAAAUGUAAUGUGUUAUAUUGCUUGUAUCUACCAAAUGAGCCAAGUGGUAAAAAAUAAUAAACUAAACUACGAAGCUUCGUUAAAGCAAAUCGACAUCAUGUAUCCACCUGAGUUAAAGGACACGGCUAAAGGGGCCUUAGAGGCCUGCAAAGAUAUUGCUAAAAAAAAUAAAGAUUUAUGCGAGGCAUCAUAUAAGACGGCAAAAUGCAUGUACGAAUACAGUCCCAAAGAUUUUCUCUUCCCUUGAUAUAAAUAAACAUUGUUUAAAUAAAUAAGUGCAGAUUAAAUAUAUAAUAACCUAGAACUCGGUAUAUUGCUAGCUAAUCUAAUAAGCAUAUUGUUUUGUAUACGAAUAUUUUUUAGUCAUUAAGGUCCGGACACCUACUGAUAAAUAUAUUAUUAUAAGAAAUAAAUUAUUAAAUAUUAUUCUUAAA